AUGGCAUCAUUUGUGGAGAAAGAAAAUAAGGUUUUGAAGGAGAAAGUUUAUGAGAUGGAGAUAAGUCUGAAGGAACAAAAAGAAAAAUAUGUGAAGGUGUUUUAUGAAAAUCAUGCCAAUUUUGUUAGGGCUAAAGAGUUGAAACAAAAGAUAAAGAAAUUCGAAGAAGAAAAUAAGUUUCUUCAAGCUGAGAUUGAUGUACUUCUUGGAAAAGAUAAUUAUUUCAGUGCAAGUCAAAAGAGAGACUUAGAUCUAUUAAAGGACAAUUACAGGCUGACAUCUAGAAUUUAUGAACUUGAAAAGACUUUAGAAUCUGAAAGAAAAGAGUCAGAGGAAGAAAGAGUAAAACAGAUCAAAGAGAAGUAUGAGUUGACAAAGAAAGUCAAUAAAGUUGAGAAUGAACUAAAUGAUGAAAGUAAUUUACAUGGAAAAGAGAAUGAUAUACUGAUAGAGAUUGAUAAAAGAUUUGAUGCUGAAAGGAAACAUUUAGCAAUAGAAAGAAUAAAGCAACUGGCUGAUGUGAUGCCUCCUUUAAAGAUUCCUACUGUUUCUGACAAAAGGGUCCUCCAGACUGACGCAAGUGAUGAUUACUGGGGGGCAGUCAUAAUAGUUCAAAACAAAGCUGGUGUCUGA